AUGGAGCUGUGCAGGUACCUUCAGCGCAUGGAAAGACUGCUCUCUCAGCGCAUGGGUCCUCAAGGAGAACAAAAUGCAGGUACCUUCAGCGUCCGGAUCGACGACUCUCAAUGGAGCUGUGCAGACACCAUCGUGGCAAAGCUGGCUGUGGCAUUGGCACCCAUGCCAUUUGAGGGUUUACAGGACCGUUUUGUGGCUGCAACUAGUGGUGUGUUCCCAGACAACCAAGAGCGAGAAGACAGAGGUGGCCUGUGCCCAUGCCAUGUUGGUGUCAUUCCUAACAGUCCAUGUCGGCAUUAUACUGAUGACUGGCAUGAUGAUGUAUCCAAGGAUGAGCUGGACUCUGAAAUCCCACCUGGCGAGGAGACGAGAUACGGAUACAUAAUGGGAAUGAUAGAUACAUGUAGUCUGUAG